UUUGUUUAUUAUUUUCAUGAUCUCAUCGCUCCAGCAACUUUGCAGACUGUCAAUUGUGCAGUUUACAGUAAUAGUUGCCCUCUCCAUUUAAGUUUACAGUAAAAUUUAAAGAAUAUAAUUGAGGUUUGUAAUGCUAGAAAGCAGGAGUGCAGGAGUGAGAGCUUAGAUUAAUAAUCAAUAACCAAAGUAGUGUUCUCUCGACACUGUAGCAACUAUACAGAGAGUUUGUCCAAUUUCUACAUAGAAUUAAUAGUGAAUGAAUUACAACCAGGGACAUCAAUUAUAUUCUUAAAGUAUGCAAUGCAACUUAUUGUCAAGUCGGUAUUACUUUCAUUAUUAGUUAAACUAGAAAAAGUUGGAGCAGACACACAAUUCUAUGAAGAGUCAUUGUUAAUGAAAUAAAGUAACAAUUAUUCAGAAUAAAAAUAACACCGCAACCUACAAAUGAAUUCCGUCCAGGAACAAAGUCGUAUAUUAAACAAGAUUAGUUAGCUAUAUGUAUGCAUAGUUCCGUAGUUCACACUUUAUGCUAAUAACUAAUUCACUAAUUAUAUACACUAGUAAUACUCAGAUAUAAACCUUGUCCAGGCAGUAAUUUUUGAGCUGGCAACCUUGUGCUGCUAGUCAGCAUUGUGAUAUUUCAUCAUCAGAGUCAGCAUUGUAAAAUCAAUUUAAUCACAGUCAUUGGCCGUGAUUGUUUUCUGAAAUCUACUCAUGUUAUUGUUUUAUAGAGAUAAACUCCAAGAAAGAACCUCGAUCUGACAAGAAUAGCCAUUUACAUUCUAGCAGAAUCUCAUACAAAUUUCCAUUUUCUGAAAUCUUACCCUCAAGCCAGGUUACAAAAUCUGAUAGUUUGCAUAAAUGAGGCACAGUCAUUUAGUUUCCUAGAGCAACAGUCCCUAAUAAUGGUACUCUGUCAUGUAAUUUUGUUAUACUAUUCACCAACCUACUUGCUUGUAGAUCUAGUGCUCACUGUCUUACCAGAACAUCUCUUAAAUAUGCUUAUCGUGUAUUAUUACAAAGAAUUUUGCUUCUGAGAUUUGCGUCGAUCUCCUCUUGGAAUAAUAUUCUUAACUGUUUUUUCUUAAAUUUCUGUUUCGGUAUUACUUUAUGAGUUUCUGUGCUAAGCUGCUUGCCUGUGACAUAGAGGUUUUUAUAGUUUCCUGUAGAGGUUUCUUUAAACUAAUCCCAGUCCUUAUGAUCACUAAUUUGCCUAGACACCAGUUUCCUCCUGCAUCUUAAGUUCUUAACAGAAUUAACAGGACUAUAAUUAUAAAUGAGAAAGACAUGGGGAUCUCAAGCUACACAAUACAUGAAUGAUCUUCGAGAUCAUAUUGCUUUAAAAUUGUAACUUUUUUCUAAUUGUUACGUAGUUGUGUUUCAAGACCUCAUCUUUGCAAUAAAAAUUUCAACAAUAACAUUGACGCUUGCUAUUUAUUUAUCCUCUAUGAAUAAGAAUAUCUUGUUUUUUAAUGUUAUUCAAUCAAAAUAUAAUUUCAUAUAACAUUAAUCAUUUAACAUGUUAUAUAAGUAAAUUAUCAUCAUCCAGAUAAAUCAGUAGACACUCAAACAAACGACAUCAUUCAUUCAGAAACUCAAAUUCACUAAUCAUCCAGAUCAUCCAGAUGUUCCUCUCAUCCAGAAGCAGAUUUAACAAAUGACCCCGUACUUUAAAUUAAUCAAUUUAUUAUGUAUUUUCAGAAAGAAAUAGACGGGCUUACCUUGAACUACCCUGACCGCUUUAAAGUUUACUACUAAGUAAAUCAGGUUUGUUACUCCUUUAUGCUAGCCAUCAUCUCCCUUCUUUCCCAUGGCAUCGUGUUAAAACUUUAUACUAUUGAAUAGAGUGUAGAGGACUGAUAAUGAUGUGUACUUUUGCAACCCCCGGAAAUAUGGGAUGGUGGUGUAGGACUUGUAACCAUGGAUAUGGUCCAAACUCCUUGCCCUGAACCCGCAUCCGAUAUUCAGCUAGAUCUUGUUCUAUACAAAAUAAUAUUGUGAAAAUAUUCCGAAAGUAGCUUAUUCUUUUCUGAUUAAAAUAGCAGAUUCUGAGGUGUAAACCACCACCGAUGAACAAGGCCAUGGCUGCCAGCCUUAAAGCUCUGGGAUACUCACCGGAAAGGCGGAAAUGCAAUUUCAGUUUCAAUUUUGUGUUAAGAACUUGCAUGCCUUCGUCACACAUUCAUCUGUUGUUUAAUCUUCAAUGUCCUUCUUGUUAAAGAUUUAGCCAUUAAUUACAUAUAUACUUCAGUUGACUUAACCCUUGCCCGAUAGCAUCUUGCCUAGUAUAUCUGUUGUGCAAUUUUAUUUCUAGAUCAGCUGAUAUUUUCUAACAAAACGAACCUUUUCUCUAAAGGCCAAAAGGAAGAACAUAAUGAAGUUUCUACACUCAAGAAUUACUACCUCUUUUCUGUAACUACUAUUAUACAACCCUUGUAAAAACAGUUUGAUACUGGGUGUGUGUAUUAGUACCAUUGGCCUACAGAGGCAAUGUUUGUUUAAACACACUGUUAGUAUUACCUGAAGCCAAUUAAAUAGAAACUAGCAUUACAGUUGUACACAAUUAAGGGAAAAUGCUAGAACCAAAGUGAACUGAAACUAGCAUUCUAGUUCCACGCAGCUGGAAGACGGCGAAAAGAAAAAUGAUAGAGAUCCCAAAAAUUGUAGUAAAAAUUUUCUCGAAUCACCUAUUAUCUGCAUAACUGGUGACUCUUCUACUAUUAAAAUUAGAUCUUGUGUAUACACAUGCGCCUACAAAUUAAAACUAGACACCGGGUCUGUUAUUUUAUUUUAUUGUAUUUUAGAAAAAUUUGAAUUUUUUUUGAAACAUCAGUAAAAAUAUGAAAGUUUGAUAACUAUAAAGUCUUUUAAUUAAUGAUAUGCAGGUACUUUAAAUUAAUAAAUGAUUGAUGCCAUUUUAGAUAGUUCUUCUUUACUUAUUGAUUUAUAAGAUUAUUAUUUAUAGAUGGUCCUUUUGCAGUUACUCACUACUACUCCUUUAAGAAGAAAAAUACACAAUCCUCUUGACACCUUCAUCCUUAGCCAACAUCAAUCUUCGUCAUAUAACCUUAACUUUUCUCUGCAAAUAAACACCUCAAACACACACACACACACACACACACACACACACACACAAACUAUUAAGGCUUCCUCUGAUCCUUGUAUAUACAAUACAUUAGUAUCUUAUACUUGUGUUGCACUAGCAAGUUAGCUUGAUAAGAAUGGAGGCUAUCAACGAAGAGUACGAGUAUAAUCAUCCACAUGGAUACUACAGCACCGACGAAGAAGAAGAAGAAGAAGAAGAAGAAGUGCAGGAGUACGAUGACGAAAAAAACCUGGCAGAAGAGUACAACAGCAGCACUGCUAGCUACCUCUGUGGAGGUGGAAACCAGGGAACAAAGAUGUUAGGAUCAUCAUCUAAAAAGAUGUUACUCGAAUGGGACCGUGUGUUUCCUUUAAUAUCAGCUCUUUGUUUGUUCAUUGAUCCUACUUUCUUCUACACACUGUCUCUUAACGAAGAUGGCAUGUGUUUUUUCAUUGAUGGCUGGUUUGCUCUAGGCCUCUCCCUUCUCCGAUCAGUUACAGAUGGCUUGCACAUCUGGAAUAUGUGGCAUCAGUACCGCAGAUCAUCCCCUGCUCUGCAGGGGGUCCGGAGGAGGUACGGUGGUCUAGCAUUGCAGAGUUUCAAGGGCAAAAUGGACUUCUUCCUUUAUGCAUUUGUCAUCUUACCUUUGCCACAGGUUGUAAUAUGGAUUGUGGUUCCAGCAAUGUUGAAGAAUGGUGAACAAGCAAGAGCGAUGACUGUAAUGCUCGUAAUAUUUCUGUUUCAAUACCUUCCCAAGAUUUACAAUGCUGUUUGCCUGUUGCGCCGCAUGCUCUUUCAGUACAUUUUUGGAGCAGCUUGGUGGGGGAUCGGCCUGAAUAUCAUCGCCAUUUUUGUAGCCUCACAUGUGGUGGGAGCAUGUUUCUACUUGCUAGGAACACAGAGGUCAGCUAGAUGCUUGAUGGAGCAAUGUAUGAAAACAGAGAGUUGUACAUUUGAUGCACUGUCAUGUGAAAACCCUUUCUCUUUCGGCAGAAGAUAUAAAAUGACAAACAGUAUGAGAUUGUCAUGGGGAAGUAACAAUGAUGCCAGAUCUUGGUGCCUCCAGAGCAGUGACAAUAGUCAGUAUGAUUACGGAGCAUUUGAGUGGAUCACUCUACUCGUUUGCAAUAACAAACGUAUGGAGAAGAUGCUUCUUCCACUCUUUUGGGGUGUCAUGAUGCUUUGCACUUUUGGGAAUCUGGUUAGCACUGAUGACUGGUUAGAGAUAGUGUUCAUGAUAAUUGUGACUGCCUGCAGCCUCGUGCUGAUCACCAUGUUAAUUGGCAACAUUAAGGUGUUCUUGAUAGCAACAUCAUCUAAGAAACUUGCAAGGAAAGUAAACGUUAACAACAUCGAAUGGUGGAUGAAUAGGAGGAACAUGCCACAAGGAUUGCGUCAGAGAGUACGUAACUAUGAGCAACACCGUUGGAUGGCAACAUGGGGCAUAGAUGAAGGUGAUAUGAUUCAAAGCCUCCCCGAGGGUCUCAGGAGAGACAUCAAGUACCAUCUCUGCCUGGAUUUUGUGAGACAGGUACCUUUGUUUCACCACAUGGAUAGUUUGGCACUGGAGAACAUCUGCGAUAGAUUGAAAUCCCUUGUCUAUCCUAAAGGAGAGAUUGUUGUUAAAGAAGGUGAUCCGGUACAUAGAAUGUUAUUCAUCGUAAGAGGCCAUCUCCAAUGCAAUCAAGUAGUUAGAGACGGAGUCAACAGUUGCUGCAUCCUAGGCCCUGGAAAUUUCAGCGGGGAUGAGCUAUUGUCUUGGUCUUUGAGAAAGCCAUUUGUAGAAAUUCUCCCACCAUCUUCAUACACGCUCAUCAGUCUUGAAGCCACUGAAGCAUUCGGGCUCGAAGCAGAAGAUGUUCAAUAUGUGACACAACAUUUCCACUUGAAUGAAAAGGUGAAAAUGAGUGCUCGAUAUUAUUCCCCUGGCUGGAGAAUCUGGGCAGCAGUUACCAUUCAGCUGGCUUGGCUACGCUACAGGCACCGUCUAACACCUACAUCACUUCUAUACAUCAUGCCUGAAGGCCGAUUGUCGAGGUCUGCUUCGCUUGGGAAGGAGAGGCUCAGGCUUUUUGCUGCACUGCUGACUUCACCUAAGCCUAGCUCAUCAAGAUGAUAAUGUUCCCUAGACCAAAUAAUUAGGAAUUGAAAACUUUAGAUAUUAGUUUUGUCACUUUCUCUCGAAUUAAAUUACAUUUGGAAUGAAUAAAUAUGUUGUAAAUUUGCAUGAUCUUACUUGUAAAUUUCUGCACCUUGAUGCUGCAGGGAGCUGGUACAAGUCUGAAUCAUAUCAAGCUGCUUGUGAACAGCUUGUUUUUCAUCGGCCUCUACGAUAUAUUUGCUAAAUUGAUG